AUGUCCGUUCCUGUCAAUUGGCAAGGCCGCGUGUCCUCAAUUAAUCUCCUCUACCUGUCCCCAGCAGACAAACAGGUGGACAGUACAGGUGCCCAGGUGGAAGAAGAAGAUAUGUGGUGGUUUGCUGUUGUGGUGAGUGCAGUGUCAGCUGGCGGGCUGUGGCUGGGCGUGGCAGGGGAGGCCAGCCCGGAGCCAGACCCGCUGGUGGUGUACGCCUUCCCUUCGUGGGCGGCGGAGAUGUUCGGCACGCCCGAGGAGGUGGCCCAGGCCACCGCCACCGCCAUGACCCCGCGCGGACCCGUCCCCACGCAUGCCCGUCUCCCCUUCGCGCCCGUGGCCGCCCCUCCCUCGCCCCUUCUGGCCAUCAGGGACGCCCAGGCGGCGCCCUCACACCUGCUGGCCCUCCAGAGACCCACCAUCCACAACGUGCAGCUGAUGCAGAGACCCUUCGGCCUGCUGCCCUACCAUUACUUCAUGCCCGCCAUGCACCUUAGGGUGCCCUAUGCUCCCGUCAUCCCCUACGACACCCGGUACCGACCACCCGCCCUCGUGUACCCCGCCCUGCCACCUAUCACAUACGCCCACUCACGCCCACAAGUCGUGGACGACGACGACGACGAGGAUGAGGACACCAAGGUGGAGGAGCGGCCCACCUACGUGAGGGUGGGUCACUUCCCGACGGAGGUGGCGGGCGUGUUCACCCUGAGAGGCGCUGAUGACGGAGGUCCCCCCGCCCCUGCUGGCAUCGUGCAGUCCACAGCGCCCAUCUUCUCCCGCGUGCCCUUCACCAACGCCAAGGCACACCCCAGCCUGAGGGAAACCCAGCCUGCUGACGACGGCGCCGUUAUAGCAGAGUAACCCUGUCCCACCCCUCCCUCAGCCCCCUCCCGCCCACGGCAGCAGCGGGGCCUCAGCUUUACCGAGUGUUCCCAGGGACGCUGACCUGACCUGACCUGCCUUCCCUGGCGUUACCAACCACGGCCCUGUGUGUGUGUGUGUGUGUGUGUGUGUGUGUGUGUGUGUGUGUGUGUGUGUGUGUGUGUGUGUGUGUGUGUGUGUGUGUGUGUGUUUCUUAUUCCCAGAAGAGAAACAUCAAAAAAAUGUUAUAGUGAUGUAUAUAAACACUAAUCUCCACUUUCCCUCACCCCUCUCCCCUCUUCCCUCAUCCCUGUCCCUGCACCCCACACAUACACACCUGCCGGCCGCCCCUACACACGCGCCCCUUACAAGUUACCAACGCCACGCCACCCCCCAUCCCCCCCGCCACGCCCACACCUUGCCUAGCACGCCGCGGUGUCUGGAAGAUCCUGUCUUGAGGCAGAAUUCACACAUCAUCACAGAGUUUUAUAAAGGAUUUUGUUUUAUAAGACAUCCUCCUUCUCUACUUGUCUCCUCCUUUACCUCCUCCUCCAGCUCUACACCAUCCUAACCUCUCCCUUCUCUCUUCUCUCUCCUCUCCCUCCUCUUUCAUGUUCUUCCUCCACACCUUACCUCUUACCGUUCCUUAACUCCCUCCUCUCUCUCCUAGCCCCUCACUGCCCCCCUUCCCUCCUGCCCCUCAUCUCCCUUAUACCUGUUACCGUUUCCCUCGCCUGCCACCCUGCACCACCCACCCAAGGCCGCCCACCUGCCGCCCAACCCCCAAACUAUGCCCUCCUCUCUUCCUGGUUCCUUUUUUAAAUGGCCCGAGGUGUAGGUCCAGCCAGCGACCUUGCACCAGCCAGUGAGGGAAUGUCCUAGUGUCCUUCCCCCUCCUGCAGGACACACCAAGGGCCUGAAGGAGUGUCUCUUCCUCACAUUUGGGGGUGUUAAAUAUUUGCUUGUCUGUCUUUCUGGCCUAUUUGCUUUGGAGGAGGAGGAGGAGGAGGAGGAGGAGGAGGAGGAGGAGGAGGAGGAGGAGGAGGAGGAGGAGGUGGUUUUGAAUCAACAGGAUCUAGCUAGUGGGCCUCCUUCACAUCCUUACCAAUGCUAUAUUUAGAAAGCUUGACAUUGUUAACAUUACCACCACCACUGCUGCUACUACCACCACCACAACCACCACAACCACUACUACUACUACUACCACCAUUACUAUCCUUACCCUCUUAUCCUUUCCAGCACUACUACAUUCCUUCCCUCCUUCCCUCCUUCCCACACACACCUCCCCUCCCUUCACCCCGCUACUCACCCUAACACACCUACACACCAUUCACCCUUCCGUCACCCUUACCUCACCUCACCUGUAGGCCCAACACUAAUUACCACCCACACACCUAACCUAACAUCGACGUGUGAAAUAUAGGGUGAGAUUCUUCAGAGUGUGACUUCCCUUUCACCCUUAACUCCUUCAGUACUGAGACGCAUUUUUACCAUGACUUUCUGGAGUAUGAUUAGACGAUUUCAUAUGCAUUGGGAAGAGUCAGUGGAGGUCAGAAGAUUACUGGUCCAGAGACUUCACUAUUUCAAUCCCCACAUAAGUUUCUGAAGCUGUAUAAAAUCACCAAAUAGUAACAGAGAUGAAUACGAAAACGCGGCAUGGUAACUGAAGGGGUUAAACUGUGAAUGAUACAGAGAAUAGGAUAAAGGAACAUAAGAAAUAAGAAAUUAUGUAAAGG